GCUAAUUGCUAGGGGCUCGCUUACCUUUUCACUGCGUACAAGGAAUUUCCAAAGCACUGAUUUCACUCCGAUGGCUACAGUAAUUUCCGCAAUCACUCUCUCAGUCGUUCUCGUUUUCCUCAUCUUUAACCUAACUCCGACUCCAGCUUUCGCUGACCUUGUCUACGAGGAUGGCUACUCAGUCACCACAGUCUUCGACGGCAACAAGCUCCAUAUCUUCCCUCGCUCCGUCCUCCCGCAACCUGGAUCGUCCGAUCUCUUCCUCUUGGACUCCACCGAUAGUACUGUAUACGCUCUAUCAAUCCCCGAGUCUGGAGAGGUCUCGCUCCAGCGCUUAGCCGGAAAUGGAACGGCCGGCUACUCGGACGGCGAUCUGAGCUCUGCGAUGUUUGAUAAGCCGAAAAGCUUUGCGGUUGAUGCUAGAGGCAAUUUAUAUGUUGCUGAUGUUAAGAACUAUGCAGUUAGAAAGAUUAGCAAAUCAGGUGUGACUACUAUAGCUGGAGGGUUUUCAAACAAAGCCGGCAAGAAAGAUGGCUCUGGCAAAGAUGCUACCUUCUCAAAUGAUUAUGAGCUAGUCUUCAUUCCUCAAAGAUGUGCUUUAAUCGUCUCUGACAUUGGAAAUAAUUUAGUCCGCCAAAUUAAUCUCAAGGCAGAGGACUGCUCUAGUGAUUCUCAAUCUGCGUUAGGAUCAACCACUGCUUGGUUUCUUGGAGUGGGGAUUUCGUGCUUAAUUGGCUUGAUUAUUGGAUUUGUGCUUCGUCCAUAUGUCAUUCCACAUGGAGGCAGCAGACAUCGUUGGUACAACAGGACAUGGAAGCGUUGCCAAAUGAGUCUGGGGAGACCAGUUCUGAUGCUCUGCUUCGAGCUCAGAAACGCAGUUGUUAACUCGUCAUCUUAUUCACUACUAAAGCAGAUAACAUAUCUUAGUUUCUCUCAUCUCUCUCUGAUAUUUACUUCGAUGUUUUUUCCUAGAAUAGUAGAACCCCGGAAACCUCUUGAAAAACCUGUAUCUUUGCUAGAUUUAGACGACCUUGAUAGCAGUGAACCAACGAAAAAGUAUCCUAGAAUAGUAGAAGUGAAAGACGUGCCUUUGUUGGAGUUGGAUGACAUUAAUACUAGCAAAUCUGCAAAACCAGAUGCAGUGGUCAACGAACUGAAGGAUUUGAUUCAUUUUGACGAAGGCUUGCUCUUAUCAAACAAGUCGGAAUCAGAUUUUGAGGACGGAAACGACACUGGAAGCAAUGGGAAGAUAGAUGGUAUGAUACAAGCUAAUCUCUGUGGCUUUGCGGAGCUGGCAACCGCAACUUCAAGCAUUGAGUUUCCAAAGAGUAGCCUGGGCUUAGUAGCUAAGAGAAGAGUGAAGUAAUCUAUGGUUUCCAUUACUACACCUUGCUAUAAGUAAUCUAUUGCUCCAUAUUAUAGUUGGAAAACUUGGAUUAUGAAUUAAGAGACUUGAAGUAAUAUGUAUGUAAUGUGUCGGGCCGGGAUGUGAGCCCAGAGGGAGGGGUUUUGCCUUUUGUGGCAAGUAAUAUGUAUAUAACUAUGUAAGUACUACUAAUUUGACUUGCUUUGAGUUUCUAUCAUCGGAUGCUUGUGAUUCCAUUUUUU